GUACUUAACUCUUGUAAAAGAUUCCUUAUAAAAUCGUAAAAUGCAAGGAUUUAUAACACGCGUUGGCAUUUUAUUAUUUGUAGUGACCAAUUUUAACGGUCUCAAUGCUGAUUCUAAUUGUGCUGAAGGGUUUUUCAAACUUGGCGAAAAAUGUUAUUUGAUAAAAGCUGAUACGAGGAUGAACUGGUACCAGGCCUCGCAUUUUUGCCGUCAACACAAUAGUGAUUUGGCUGUAAUCGAAUCGGAGUCGGAAAUGCAAUCGAUAAACGAUUAUUUAGUGCAACAAAAGUAUUUCGAUAGUCAUUUUUGGAUUGACGCCUCUGACUUGGCUACCGAAGGGGAGUUCGUUUACCACAGUACUGGUCAACCCAUGAAUUAUUCUAGAUGGUCAGUGGGUCAACCGGAUAACUAUAAAGGACAAGAAAAUUGUGUACGUCUGUGGUAUACGACUAACGGCUUUUACAUGAAUGAUGGCGCAUGUUUUACGGAAUUUGCACAUCCGAUUUGUGCACUAACGCAACCUUUCCUGAUUUUCUCCAACCAGUUGUUUAAAAGUACUUUCAAAAAUUUUGUCGAUACUUUUUUUCACGAUGAAGCAUCGGUUGUGAGCAUUAGUUAUAAAAAAAAUCCAACUAAUUUAUUGACUGAUUGGUAG